AUGAGGUGUCUUGUGAGCGUUCUUCUACUCGUUGGCCCUUCGUUGGCGUGCAUUGGUGGAUUGGGUGGCGGCGGCGGCGGCGGCUGCUGCCCACCAUCUCAACCAUCCUGCGGCGGUGGAGCACCACCAUGCUCUAGCUCGAGCUAUGCCACCGGAGGAGGAGGUGGAUAUGCUGCACCACCAGUUGCUGCUGCUCCACCACCGCCACCACCACCACCACCACCACCACCACCGCCACCAGCGCCACUUGGAUACGCUGCAGGACCAAUUGGAGUAAAUGCUGGAUACCCAGCCGGUGGAGCGCAAGGUGGAGCUUCAGGAUACCAGGCCGGUCCAGCUGUCGGAGGCGGAGACGCUGGAUAUCAAGCCGUAGGAGCUCAGGGAGGAGCUGGAGGAGCUUAUCAGGGAGGACCACAGGGAGGAGGUGCCGGAUACCAAGCCGGACCACCCCAUGGAAUUGCUGGAGGAGCUGAAACCUACCGCCCAUUAAUUGGAGGGCAACAAUCCGGAUACCAGCAGGGACCAGCCCCGAUCGCUCCAAUCGCUCCAGCCCCAGCUCAAACCAACUACCAGCAAGGACCAGUGUCUAGCAUCCAAGUCACUUCGGUCUCUUCUGGAGGACAGUACAACCCACCAGUUCAACAGAGCGUCGAGCCAGUCGCCACUUACACCCAGGGGCCGAUCUCAACCCCAGUUGAGGUCGCUCCAGAAGCACCACCACCGGCACAAGAAACACAAGCUGUCGCAGUCGCACCAGAACCACAAUCACAAGUUCAACCAGAGCCUGAACCCAUCCAGGAAGUUGCAGAGGUCACUGAGGCUCCAGCCGUUGUUGAGACCGAAGCCCCGGCUGUUGUCGAGCCAGAACCAGUGGCAGAGGUUGCCACUGAAGCACCAGCUGCUCCAGAACCAGUUCAGGAGACUCAAGCUCCAGUUGAAACUGUUGAAGCCAAGGAGGAGAGCACCUAUGACGAUAUCGUAGAGGAACAGCCAGCUGCCACCGAAGCCGCCCCAGCUACCGCUGAAUCAUCAGACAAUGUUGAGCAGACCAAUGACACCGUUGAGUACGCCGACGAGGAAGGCGAAGAAGCCGCUGGCGACGAGGGCAAUUGCGACGAUCCAGAAUUGCGAGCGAUCGUUGAAGCCGCACUUAAGAAUGAGAAGGACAACCUAGAGGCCGCGCGUAAGAUCGAAGGAGACGCCUCAGCGAAAUUCGGCGGACGAUUCAAUGCCAUCGUUUCCGACGCCGAGUUUGCCUACGUCAAUUGGUACGGAAAGCGCAACUGUCAGCUUCGAUAUGAAAGCCGACACUCGCUCACCUGGGAGGAUUAA